CUCACGAUGAAUCAGAGAGAUGUCUUAACCCAGGAUCAAGUGUGGAGCCUGGACUGGCUUAUAAACCCUCCUUGGUUUUGUCCACUUCACUGGCACCAGCUCCUUGCUGUAGCUCCACUUUCCUCUGCGCUGAGAGGCUGACGUGAGGCUGGGACAAUGUCUAAGCUUGAAGAGCACCUAGAAGGGAUCGUCAACAUUUUCCACCAGUACUCAGUCCUGAAGGGGCACUACGACACCCUCACCAAGGGUGAGAUGAAGCAGCUGCUGACGAAGGAACUUGCAAACAUCACCCAGAAUGCCAGAGACAGAGGUGGUAUUGACAAGAUAUUUGAAGGUCUGGAUGCCAAUAGAGACCAGGUGGUGGACUUCGUUGAAUUUAUGACCCUGGUGGCCAUUCUGCUGCGGCUUACCCACGAAGAGAUCCACAAACCUUAGGAAACUCUCUGCCUGCCUUUCUCCCAGCAGUGCCUUUAAUUCCCUCCCCCAAGCCUAAUGACUUGCCUGAGGGGAGGGAGUCAAUAAAACAGGCUCAGGAAAAGCU